AUGGUUCGUUACGUGCCUCGGCUGGCUGAUGGCCGAAGAGUGGAGCUCUCCUGGCCAUUGACUAUUUACCGCUACAGUCACAUAUUCUGGCCCCUCGAUGCGGCCACCUCGACCUUUUGGCGUCGCUUUGACUACGUCUGUGCCUGGAUUGGCUGCUUCGUCCUGUUGCUGCAUAACGACGCAGAGCUGCGAUAUUUGCGCUCGCAGCGCAACAAUCUGGACACGCUGCUGACCGGGAUGCCCACCUACUUGAUCCUCUUCGAGUUUCAGCUGCGCUCCUUGCAUGCUCUGCUCUACAGGGAAGAUCUGCAUCAGCUGCUGCAAACGUACUUCGCCUCGAUCUAUGUGGAACGUCGGGCACAGCCGAAACUCUUUCAGCAAAUCGAGCGUAAGCUGCUGCCCAAUCGACUGGUUGCCUCACUAUAUGUUUUGGCCGUCUCUGGCUAUGUGAUAGCGCCUAUCAUGAUGCUGAUUAGGAGGCAAAAGGAAUUUGUAUAUCCCAUGAUUCCGGCCUUCGAUGUUGAGCCCCUUUACCUAUUCGUUCCCCAUACCCUGAGCAGCGUCUGGGUGGGUGUCAUCAUAGCUACGGCGGAGUUCGGAGAGACGACGCUCCUCUGCGAGCUGCUCACCCACCUAAAAGGUCGCUACAUACUGCUGCAGCAAGACAUGGACGCGGCCAUUGAGCAGAUAUUGGCCGCCCGACAGCGUCCACUAAUGGCACAGCAGCUGCGCGAGCUGCUGGUCAAAACUCUGCGCCAAAACGUGGCCCUCAAUCAAUUUGGAGAGCAGCUCGAGGCGCAUUUCACGGUACGCGUAUUUGCAAUGUUCGCCGGUAGCGCGCUCCUGCUCUGCGCCCUGGGCUUCAAGACGAUUGUGAGUCCAACGGGCAAUUAUAUAUAUCCGAUGUGGUUUGGUGCCAAGACAAUAGAACUGCUCACAUUGGGUAAGCUGGGCUCCGACCUGGCCUAUGUGACAGACGCCCUGAGCACCAUGUACUAUCAAACGCAAUGGGAACAGGUGAUCUAUUACUCCACCAAUCCAUGUGAGAAUCUGCGACUCAUAAAGCUCGUUGCGCUCUCAAUCGAGCUGAGCUGCAGGACUUACUAUAUGACGGGCUUAAAAUACUUUCGAGUCAGCCUGCAGGCAGUUAUAAAGAUACUACAGGGCGCCUUCUCUUACUUCACGUUUCUCACAUCGAUGCGCUGA